GCAGAAACCGUCCGGGUAACGUAGCCUCGGAACCCAAGUCGUGGAGAUUUUUUAAAACGAGGCUGUGUGCACAUUUCAGAUCGACAAAUCCUCUCAGCCCUGUGUAGGAAUUUGAAAAGCUUAACUUGCUUCAACAGGUUCGUGUGGGAGUUCAGCGCAGUUGUUAGGGUCAUUACUUGGCAAUCAGCUAAUGCUAUGAGUGUAAGAAUUACAACCUGGGAGAUGCUCCGAAAUUCCGACUUUGGUUUCGGAUUGCGCUUAAACCUCUGAGUUUCUUGGCAGUCAAUGGCCUUCAGCUUGGGGUUCCCUGUUUCGAAGAUUUGAGGAUUUCGAUUUCUGAACCCUUCCCUUCAAUUCCGACAUGCGAAUGUUAUCAAGAUCCGUGUCCAACAUAUUUACGACUGAUGUAGUCUGGAAAUACUAAUAAGGGGUUGAGCGUGAGCAUAAUCAGAAUCAUCUUCAUUUUAGCAAAUUUGGUGGAAUCGACUAGAAUCAAGCACGAAAUCUGUUCUAGGCUGACGAUUUUGUGUACUUGCUUAUCUGUCUCUAGUGGUCUUGUUAGCUUCAAGCUCAAUAUUCGAAGGCAGUAGCUGCAUCCUCAAAUUCUGCAUCCCCAAUUGAAGCUGGUGUUGUUUUCGAGCAGUUAUGGCGCAUGAUAUAGUAAUUGAGAGUUCUCCAGGUCUUGUGACAGUUCAACAAGCAACAAACAUCAUUCUCUCAGUUGCCAAACGCCUGUCACCUGUUACAGUUCCUUUAUACGAGGCAAGCGGGGCCACUUUGGCCGAAGACAUCACUGCCCCAGAGCCUAUUCCACCGUUCCCCGCAUCAAUAAAGGAUGGCUAUGCCGUGGUUGCAGCCGAUGGACCAGGAGAAUAUCCGGUUGUUGGCGCAGCUAGAGCGGGAAGUUAUAGUUCUCAGCUGCAGCUUCAGCCAGGCUCCGUGGUUUACAUCACAACAGGAGGCCCUAUACCAGACGGUGCCGACGCAGUCGUGCAGGUGGAGGACACGGAAGUUGUUGAAGAUGGGGCAUCCAAUGAUGUCAAAAAGAUUCGGAUAUUGAAAACAGUCACUAAGGGACACGAUAUUCGGCCAGUGGGUUUCGACAUAGCAGAGGGAGCUUCUGUGCUUAAAGCGGGUGAGAGAUUAGGUGCAGCAGAAAUUGGUCUUCUGGCUACAGUCGGCGUUUCUCACGUUGAGGUUUUUCGCAGACCAAAGGUAGCAGUAGCUUCAACUGGCGAUGAGCUGGUGGAUCCUCAGGAUGGCACGAAGUUGGGGAAAGGCCAGAUUCGAGAUUCCAAUCGUGCUAUGCUUCUAGCAGCAUGCAAAGAACACCAUUGUGAAGUCAUCAAUUUGGGAAUAAUUCGAGACGUUGAGGCCGAAGUGAAUGAUAUACUUGACAAGGCUUUAGCCUCGAAUGCUGAUAUUUUGCUCACUUCUGGUGGGGUAUCUAUGGGUGAUAAAGACUUUGUCAAGCCGUUACUUCAAAAACGUGGAAAGGUGUACUUCAGCAAGGUGCUAAUGAAGCCUGGAAAACCUCUUGCUUUUGCCACGCUAGAGGCCCGUGCAAGAGGCGCCUCUGAGACAUCACAAAUGUUGGUGUUUGGACUUCCUGGCAAUCCAGUUAGCAGUGCUGUAACCUUCAAUUUGUUUGCUGUCCCUGCCAUCCGCUACUUGUCAGGAUGGGUGGAACCUCAACUUCGAAAGAUUCAAGCUAGAACAUGGAGUCCUCUAAGACUGGACCCAGAUAGACCAGAGUUCCAUCGGGUAACAGUAAGCUGGGAGCUAGAUGAUGGUACAGGCCAUCCUGGGUUUGUGGCAAAAAGCACAGGUCAUCAAAUUAGCAGCCGUCUUUUGAGCAUGCGAUCUGCAAACGCCCUACUUGAGUUGCCCCAAGCUCCUGCGAUCGUGCCUGCGGGCGUACUAGUUCCUGCCCUUCUGAUUGAUAACCUAGCAGGUAUGCCUCCUGCCAAGACUCCUGUCUCAUCUAAAGACAUCCCUUCACCAAGGCCUAUCAAAGUGGAGGCUCUACAUAUUCCAGACACUGCCCAGCAUAAACAUCGCCAUAUGCAUGCCUCAGAUAAAAAGAGCGAGGGAGCCACAAAUUCGCAAGUUAGAGUGGCAAUUCUGACAGUGAGCGAUACGGUAGCAACUGGUGCUGGCCCUGAUCGCAGUGGACCAAGGGCAGUGGAAGUUAUAACCAGUGUUUCAGAACGCCUUGGGGGAGCAUCAGUUGUCGCCAGUUCCGUGGUGCCUGAUGAUGUGGAGGCAAUUCAAGAGGUGUUGAAGCGUUGGAGUGAUAUUGAUAAAGUCAAUCUUAUCCUCACAACUGGUGGAACUGGAUUCACACCCCGGGAUGUGACUCCAGAAGCAACGCGACCAUUAAUACAAAGAGAAACUCCAGGCCUGACUCAAGUUAUGCUUCUAGAAAGCCUCAAGGUAACACCCACAGCAAUGCUGUCACGAGCCGCUGCGGGAAUUCGAGGAUCUACCUUGAUAAUCAAUAUGCCUGGCAACCCCAACGCAGUAGCUGAGUGCAUAGAAGCCUUGAUGCCAGCUUUGCCUCAUGCUCUGAAGCAACUUCGAGGAGAUAAACGGGAGAAGCAUCCAAAUCAUGUCCCUCAUGCCGCUGCACGCCCAGCUAAUUCAGACGUAUGGACGAAAAGCUACCUUGCCUCGAUAGAAACUCAGCCCACAGAAGGACCUCUUGUGGACAAGCCUUGCAAUUGCUCAAUUGAAGGUUGAUGGAUGGCUGGCUUCGUCAACGAAGCCCCUCUCACCGGAAAGAUGUGCCUUCAAUAGACUCAACCUUGUCUACUUUUUGACUUGCGUGCUCACUACUAUUAAGACAAGUUUCUAUGAGUCUUCUAUUGUUGAAUUAGAGGAAUAAAAUAGAAUCUAUUCAACAAAGGUUGCAUUUGCUUAAUUUUCCAAUGUCUACACAAGUAAUGGUAACACGAUAGUGAGUUAAAAAUCAA